AUGACGCUGGAGAAGCACUCGUUCGCGCUGUUCGGCAACCGGACGCUCCACGUGGGGUACUACACGGACGUGAAGAACAGUCCGGCGCUGCGCCAGGGGCUGCUGGACAAGAAGUUCGACGCCGCGCUCGUCAAUGCGCAGCUGAUCGCCGGCCCGUUCCAGGUGCACGCGGCUGCCGCGCGCGCUCUGCAGUGCGACGCGUCCGGCCGCCUGACCACGCGCAGCCUGCACGCCGAGCUGGUCUUCAACAUGUCGGGCUCGCGCAACGUGUCCGAGUCCUUCAAGCGGUUCGGAGUGAGCGACGACACCUCGUCCGUCGUGCUCUGCGUGCUCGACGCGGACGAGGCGGCGCUCAAGCAGGCGGAGGCGCUGGUGCAGGGCAUGCAGGUGCCGUUCGAAGAGCUCGGCACGCACCUGACCGACGCCGACGUGAAGCUCAUCAAGAAGUUCUACAAGAUCUCGGACAUGGAGCUCACGCAGUCGUCGCUCGUGGACGCUGCGACGUGCAGAAUAGCGACCAAGAGCUGCAGCAAAUAA